CCUGUCCUCUGUUUUUAGAGCAGCUCUCAGUCAGACUGAGUCAGUUUGUCAGGAGAACUCAGGAACAUGGCUUCAUCCUUCCUCUGCCUCAGCCUCCUCUUCAUCAGCCUCAGCACAGCAGGUGGAUUCAUGAUGUAUUCGGUGGAUCGCUGUAACUUUAACUCCUCUGAGCCGCAGGACAUCGAGUUCAUCAGGUCUUACUAUUUCAGGAAGGUUGAGUUCACCCGGUUUGACAGCAGUGUGGGGAAGUAUGUUGGAUACACUGAGUACGGAGUGAAGAACGCAGAGGAAUGGAACAAAGAUCAGGGAGAUCUGGCUGCAAUGAGAGCUCAGAAGGAGACGUACUGCCAACACAACAUUGAUAUUGACUACAGCAGCGCUCUGACUAAAUCAG